AUUUCUUUUUACAAAACAAUCAACGGAUCAAUGAAUGGAUAAAUCAAUCAGCAGAUGAAAUCUGAUAAUGUAAAUGAAAAAUGAACAUUGAACACCACCUCAAUCAAAUACAGUAAAAACCAACAAUUAUGUGGAAAUAAUCAUCUUUAAACUUUUACUUUGAAUACGUUACACUUCUACUUGUGUAAGAGUGUCUAUGAGCGGAAAUAAGAGAAGAAAAAAACACGUUUUCUUUUUUAUCGGCUGUAUAAUCUCCUGAAAAUAAGACUCGUUGUGUGCGAGGCAUCGUGCACGCGCUGGUAAUCCUUGUUGGGAUUAGGCAAAGCCUUGACCACGAAGUGGGUUCAAAACGCCAUAGCAACGGCAAGAGUGAGGCGAAACACGCAUCGCGAGCAGCGCGAUAAAUCCCCCCCGGAACGCGGCUGAAGGCGACGCUCCUUUGGAUGCCAUUGCAAUAGAAAUAUUGUGACUUCUGCGCCUGUCCGGUCCACGCAUGUGCCCGCCGACACUGGAUUGAGGUUGUAUUAUACAAAACGUCUCGUGUGGGUCGAUUCCUUUGAGCGAUCGCUGGGCUUUUGUCGGGGACCUGCUGGGGGGAGAAAUGCUGCAGACGAGGAGAGGAGAGGAGAGGGGCAGUGGGGGAUGGCCACUGCACAUAAAUACCAAAAUAGGAUAGAGCCUCUGCAACAGUCCUGCACGAGCUAAAUUGAGGUCUGUGUGUGUGUGUCUGUGUGUUUAAAGAGGAGCGUUCAAAUAGAGGACACACUGUUGAGCGUUGAACCAGGGGGACGUCGGUGGAAACAGCAUGAGAGAGACCAUGUCCCAGAAGCAAUCUGAUCUCUACACACAUGACUUCUGUGAUGGCGACCACCCGGCGGAGCUCCUGGACGCUCUGAGGCGCUUCUACGUCGGCGGCCUGUUCACCGACGUCGCUCUGCAAUGCGGCGAGUCCGGACGGGUGUUCCACUGCCACAGGGCGCUGCUGUCGGCCCGCAGCGCCUACUUCAAGGUCAUGUUCACGGCCGACAUGAGGGAGAGGUCCAACGCCGUCGUCAAACUCAGCGGGGUGGACUGCGGGGUCAUGGACGCCCUGGUGAACUACGUGUACACGGCCCAGCUGAGCAUCACCCAGGGCAACGUGCAGAGCCUGCUGGAGGCCGCCGACCUGCUGCAGUUUGUCUCGGUGAAACGGGCGUGCGAGGAGUUUCUCGUUCGCCUCCUGGACGUGGACAACUGCUUGGGGAUGCACGCCUUCGCCGAGCUGCACCUGUGCGCCGGCCUGGAGAGGGAGGCCCGCAGGGUGAUGGUGAGCAGGUUCGCGGAGCUCAUCCAGCAGGAGGAGUUCCUGGAGCUGGAUCGCGGGAGGUUGGGAUCAGUUUUGGCGGCCCAGAACCUCACCGUGCAGAGGGACGACGUGCUGAUAGAUGCUGUGGCCAAAUGGGUGACCCACGACUUCCAUAACCGCGCCCGCUGCUCCGCCGAGCUGCUGCUCUCCAUCCACUUAGACCUCGAUGAGAUUUACUUCAAGGCUGCUUUAGAGGUGCAGAGACACCGUUUGCCGAACAGCGAAGACGUUUUUAAAUCUGCGAUUGUUCAGGCUUUGCGGUCCAAUGGCAAAGACGUGUCGGCGAGCAGAAAAAUGUCCUCCAGCAUGUAUAUCAUCGGGGGAUAUUACUGGCACCCGCUGUGUGAGGUGCACAUAUGGGAUCCUAUCAGUAACACCUGGGUGCAAGGAAAGGACAUGCCUGAGCACGGCAGAGAGAGCUACAGCGUCAGUUUACUUGGAGCAAAUAUCUACGUGACCGGUGGUUACAGGACAAACACCGUUGAGGCUCUGGACACGGUUUCCGUUUAUAACUGUGACUAUGACGAAUGGACCGAGGGCUGCCCCAUGAACACAGCUAGAUACUACCAUUGCUCCGUGGCGUUGCAUGGCUGUAUUUAUGUCAUUGGAGGAUAUCGAGGAGGAGCUCCAGAGCAGGAUACUGAAUGUUAUGAUCCAUUGAAGAAGAAAUGGUCCCCUUUGGCCAAAAUGAUCCAAGGUGUAGGAAAUGCCACUGCCUGCGUUAUGCGAGAUCAGAUCUAUGUGACCGGCGGUCACUAUGGGUACAGAGGAAACUGCACAUAUGAAAAAAUCCAAGUCUACAAGCCAGAUGUCAACGAGUGGAGUAUCAUUACAAUAAGUCCGCAUCCAGAGUACGGGCUGUGUUCCGUGUCUCUCAACAACAAACUGUAUUUGGUGGGCGGACAGACGACUGUGGCAGACUGCUACGACAUAGAGAGAGACGAGUGGAGACCGAUAUCGGUGAUGAAGGAGAGGAGGAUGGAGUGUGGGGCGGUGGUCAUUAAUGGUUGCAUUUACGUGACGGGGGGUUACUCCUACUCCAAAGGGACUUACCUGCAGACCAUUGAGAAAUACAACCCUGAGCUGGACUCUUGGGAGAUUGUGGGGACUCUGCCGAGCCCGGCCAGAUCACAUGGAAGUGUUUGUGUUUACAGUGUUUAAACAGCGUGGCCAAAUCCGUAUCACAGACGUUUGUGCCAAAUGGAUCAGACUGUGAACUGUACUCGUGUCAGAUAUCACACAUGAUCUUGGGUUAGCUCUGUGUUAGGGCUGCUAUGGAGAGCUUCCCAUUUGUGAAUAUAAUAACAAGUAUCACUUAAACUCAGGGGCUUCAUAUUUAGCACUUUACUUGGGGUAUUUUCUGUUUUAAAUGAAAGAAAUAAUUGAACAGAAAAUGACUAUGAGCAAUAUUCAAAUUGACUUUAUAUGUACACAAGGUUCCCUUUAUUAAUAAAACUGUGCUACUACUUGAUUAAAUAAAUCACUACCAGUAUAAUGUGAUUUCUUCCUGAAUUUAUAUUUGAGCUUUAUAGCAUACAUUGGACUAUAUACGUUUUAUCACAUUGUUUGUACAGUUUGGCUGCAUCCCAUCUGUCCGCAUUUAUAUCAUAUUUGAUGAAAGUUGUAUUUAAAUCAGAAUUUAUUUAACGUAUUUGAUGUAUUUAUAAAGCAUUAUACAACAAAAGGCGCUUUACAAUAAUAAAGAAAUCUAUGUAA